CUUCCGGGUGUUGCUGCAGGUGUGUGCUUUACUGCCCGGCGUUGGGGUGCUAGAAAAUGCGGAAGGUGGUUUUGAUCACCGGGGCGAGCAGUGGCAUUGGCCUCGCCCUUUGCAAGCGGCUGCUGGUGGAGGACGAUGAGCUCCACCUGUGUUUGGCGUGCAGGAACACGAGCAAAGCAGAGGCUGUCCGUGCUGCCCUGCUGGCCUCUCACCCCACCGCUGAAGUCACCACCGUGCAGGUGGAUGUCAGCAACCUGCAGUCAGUCUUCCAGGCUGCCAAGGAACUUAAACAAAGGUUUCAGAGAUUAGACUAUGUAUAUCUAAAUGCUGGGAUCAUGCCUAACCCACAUCUAAAUAUCAAAGCAUUUUUCUCUGGCCUCUUUUCAAGAAAAGUGAUUCAUAUGUUCUCCACAGCUGAAGGACUGCUGACCCAGGAUGACAAGAUCACCGCUGAUGGCCUCCAGGAGGUGUUUGAAACCAAUGUCUUUGGCCACUUUAUCCUGGUCCGGGAACUGGAACCUCUCCUUUGUCACAGUGACAACCCAUCUCAACUCAUCUGGACGUCAUCUCGCAGUGCAAGGAAAUCUAAUUUCAGCCUUGAGGAUUUCCAGCACAGCAAAGGCAAGGAACCCUACAGCUCUUCCAAAUAUGCCACUGACCUCCUGAAUGUGGCUUUGAACAGGAACUUCAACCAGCAGGGUCUCUAUUCCAGUGUGGUGUGUCCAGGUACAGUACUGACGAACAUGACGUAUGGAAUUCUCCCUCCCUUUUUAUGGACACUGCUGAUUCCAGUGAUAUGGCUGCUUCGCUUUUUUGCAAAUGCGUUCACUUUGACACCAUAUAAUGGAACAGAAGCACUGAUAUGGCUUUUCCACCAAAAGCCCGAGUCUCUCAAUCCUCUGACCAAGUAUCAAAGUGCCACCACUGGCUUUGGAAGCAAUUAUGUAGUGGCCCAGAAGAUGGACCUAGAUGAAGACACUGCUGAAAAAUUUUACCAAAACUUGCUGGAACUGGAAAAGCAUGUUAGAGUCACCAUUCAAAAGAACAGAUAAC